UGCUCUGAUGGCUCUGCCACCUCCGGAUCCAGAGUUUGUCCUAAGAGGUACCAGUGCUGCAGUCCACACUCUGCAUUUUUCCUGUGGAGGCCAAGAACCUGAUUUCCCAAUUCUUUUCUCUGGGUCUGAGAAUGGUUUUGUCCAUGUCUGGAACCUGAAAACACGCAGAGUGGACACAGCACUGGAUGGGCAUGGAAGAAAGUCUGUCUACUGGGUGGAGACGAUGGGUGCUAAAGACAAGCUGCUCAGUCAGGGUCGUGACCAAAGGAUCUGCCUGUGGGAUUUAGCAGAAGGACGGACUUCAGUGACGGAUUCCGUUUUCACGGAGAACGUGGGAUUCUGCCGAUGCUCUCUGUUAAAGGUGGCCCAGGGGCGCUGGCUAAUGGCCAUGGCAGCCAAGUCCCUAGAGGAGGUUCGGGUUUUGGAGCUGCCAUCCAAGACGUCAGUCUGUACCUUGAAGCCAGAGGUGGGUGCCAAGCUGGGCAUGCCCAUGUGUCUUAAGUUAUGGCAGGGAAAUCUAAUUGUGCAACCUUGGCUUCUGGCUGGCUAUGAAGAUGGAUCAGUGAUCCUCUGGAAUCUGUCAAUGGGAAAAGUGUGGAGCCAACUUGUUUGCCAUCAGGAGCCGGUGAUGAGCCUUGACUUUGACUCAGGGAAGGCCAAGGGGAUCUCAGGCUCAUCUGAAAAGGUGCUUAGCAUCUGGAGCCUCAAUGAGCAACAGAACCUCCAGGUUCACAAAACACACGAACUCAUCAACUCUGGCAUAUCUGAUAUUACCAUCCGCCCGGACAAGAAGAUCCUGGCAACGGCAGGGUGGGAUCAUCGCAUCAGGAUCUUCGGCUGGAAAAAGAUGAAGCCUUUAGCAGUGCUGGACUACCACACAUCCACUGUGCAUUGCGUGUCCUUCUCGGAUCACAGAGAGCCCAGCGAGAGGCUGCUAGCAGCUGGCUCGAAGGAUCAUCGCAUCAGUGUCUGGUCCAUAUAUGCUCAGACGUGACAGGUCUGCACC